UCAAAAUGGCUGCUAUGCAUGAUGGUCAAUAUUUUCAUUGGUUUUUUUAGUGUUGUGAAGUGUUGUACAAAAACAUAAUUAACUUACGAUUUUAAAACUGGCUCCUUUGAUAUUCUACCACCAGAUAUAUAAAUCCACAAAAUGCCCAAUAAAUAUGUGCCACACCCUGACUCAAGGGCUUACAGAAGAUAUUCAGAUGAAAAGUUGGAAGCAUGCCUUACAGACAUUGCAACAGGAAAGAUGUCAGAAAGGAAAGCUUCUGCACAUUACAACAUACCUAGGCAGACUAUACGAAACAAGACCAAAGGUUUACACAGUGGCAAAAUUGGCGGUCAGAAGGUUUUUUCUGAUGAUGAAGGAAAAGAGUUUGUCCAACAUAUUUCGUGUGUAGCAAAUUUGGGCUUUCCAAUAACUAAGACUGAUUUUCGUUUCAUUGUCAAGAGUUACUUGGAUAAGAAAAAGAAGAAUAUCAAGUGCUUUAAAAACAACUAUCCCGGCCGUGAGUGGUGUAACCUGUUUUUAAAACGACAUGACAAGGAAUUGCGUGAACGUUUUGCACACAACAUCAGCAAGAAACGUGCUAAUGUAACAGAGAAAAUUGUAAUAGACUUUUUUGAUCAUUUGGAACAGGAACUGGAUGGAGUACCACCUGAAAAUAUUUUCAACUUUGAUGAGACUGGCAUCAAUGAUGAUCCAAGAAAAAAGAAGGUUAUCUUUUCAAGAAAAAGUAAACAUCCACAGUUGGUUGUGAACAGCAGUAAAGUUAACUAUUCAGUAAUGUUUUGUGGUACUGCUAAUGGAGAAGUGCUACCACCAUAUGUAGUGUAUAAAGGAACUCAACCUUUGGUAACAUGGACUCAAGGUGGCCCACCCGGAACCAGAUAUGCUGCUUCAAAGAGUGGUUGGUUUGAACAAGCCACCUUUGAAAAUUGGUUUGACACUGUUCUCUACCCAGAGUUAAAAAAGAAAGAUGGACAGAAAGUUAUAAUAUGUGAUAACCUUACAUCACACAUCAGUUUGUAUGUUUUGCGGCAAUGUGACAAAGUCAAAACAAAAUUUAUCUGCCUACCUCCCAAUAGCACACAUAUACUACAACCUUUUGAUGUUUCCUUUUUCAGUCCAUUAAAAAGCCAUUGGAGAAAGCUUCUUCACUCAUGGAAACAAACCAAGGAAGGAAAGAAGUACACUACUGUAACAAAGCAAGCAUUUCCUGAGUUGUUGCAUGAGUUGCUUAAAGCAAAUGCUCCAAAAGCAUCAGAUAAUGUACGUGCUGGUUUCAGGAAAACUGGAAUUUACCCCACGGAUCGUCGGCAGCCCAUUGGUAGCCUACCAGAGUUUGGACUAAAUGACCUGAAUAUUUCUGAUGGUGUUGGACAAGCUUUUCAAGAAUACAUUGAACACAUCACUGAGAAUUUCACAUCCCCGAAGUCUACUUCACGGAAACGACUUCCAGUAGAACCUGGGAAAAGUAUUAGUAGUGAGGAGGUGGCACAAUAUCUGGAAGAAUCUGCACUGAAGAAGAAGUCCUCCAAAAGUGUGAAAGGAAAACUAUGA